UGAUGACUCCCAAGCCGAUUAGUGAUUAAACCCUUGGCAGGCAAGGCAAGGCAAUGCAAGCCGCUCAGCUUCAUGAUCGAAUUGUCUUCCAGCUGUCCUUCUCAACGUAUAUCCGCAUCUCUAUGCCCAUUUCAGAAGCUCAUCCAUCUCCACACUCCAUGCACAAGUGUGCUCCAUCCUCUCUCUUUUGAUAUAUAUUUAGCUAACAAGCCACCCGCUUCCUCAUCCCUUCCUAUAUACAUACGUUGCAAAAUUAUCGAGGAGGCAAGCAGAGCUCGCUAUCUAGCUAGCUAGCUCCAACACACAGAGAGUAAUUAAGAGAUACUACGUACGUACUGUCGAUCGACAACGUACGUAGCAUGCAAAUGGCGGCGGCGAGCGGCAAGAUCAAGACGGUGGUGGUGCUGGUGCAGGAGAACCGCUCCUUCGACCACAUGCUGGGGUGGAUGAAGUCGCUGAACCCGGACAUCGACGGCGUCACCGGCGCCGAGACCAACCGCGUGGACGCGUCCGACCCGUCGUCGCGCGCCGUCCGCUUCAGCGACCGCUCCGAGUACGUGGACCCGGACCCGGGGCACUCCAUGCAGGCCAUCUACGAGCAGGUGUACGGGACGGCGUUCGCCGACGCGUCGGCCACGCCCAUCACCCCGCCAGACGUGCCCGCGCCGCCCAUGAGCGGCUUCGCGCAGCAGGCGGAGAAGGAGAAGCCGGGGAUGGCGGAGACGGUGAUGAGCGGAUUCCGCCCGGACGCGGUGCCCGUGUACCGGGAGCUGGUGCGGGAGUUCGCCGUGUGCGACCGCUGGUUCGCGUCCAACCCGGCGUCCACGCAGCCCAACCGGCUGUUCGUGCACUCGGCCACAUCGCACGGCCUCGUCAGCAACGACUCCAAGGUGCUCGUGCCGGGCCUUCCCCAAAAGACCAUCUUCGACUCCCUCCACGACGAGGGCUUCUCCUUCGGGAUCUACUACCAGUACCCGCCAUCCACGCUCUUCUACAGGAACCUGCGUCAGCUCAAGUACGUUGGCAACUUCCACCCGUUCGAUCUCGAGUUCAAGCGUCACUGCCGGGAGGGCAAGCUGCCCAACUACGUCGUCGUCGAGCAGCGCUACUUCGACCUCAAGAUCCUCCCCGGCAACGACGACCACCCCUCCCACGACGUCUCCGAGGGCCAGCGCUUCGUCAAGGAGGUCUACGAGGCGCUCCGCUCCAGCCCCCAGUGGGAGGAGAUGCUCCUCGUCCUCACCUACGACGAACACGGCGGCUUCUACGACCACGUCCCCACCCCCGUCGGCGUGCCCAGCCCCGACGACAUCGUCAGCCCCGCGCCCUUCUUCUUCAAGUUCGACCGCCUCGGCGUCCGCGUCCCGGCGCUCUUCAUCUCCCCCUGGAUCGAGCCGGGAACAGUGGUGCACAGGCCGUCGGGGCCGCACCCGACGUCGGAGUUCGAGCAUUCCUCCAUCCCGGCCACCGUGAAGAAGAUAUUCAACCUCAACAACUUCCUGACCAAACGUGACGCAUGGGCUGGCACCUUCGACUCCGUCCUCACGCGCGACACACCACGCGCCGACUGCCCCGUCACCCUGCCUGAGCCGAUGAAGCUGCGGCAGACCGAGGCGGCAGAGCACGCGCCGCUGUCGGAGUUCCAGGAGGAGCUGGUGCAGCUCGCCGCGGUGCUCAACGGAGACCACACCAAGGACGUGUACCCACACAAGCUCGUCGAGGGCAUGACGGUGGCCGAGGCAGCCAAGUACUGCAAGGACGCUUUCCGUGUCUUCUUGGACGAGUGCGACCGCUGCAAGAAGUGCGGCGAGGACGGGUCCCACAUCCCGACGGUGAAGCCGUCGUCACCGGGGAAGAAAAAGAGUAGCUUUGCUUCCAAGGUGCUGGCUUGCCUUGCGUGCGGCCAUUCCUCUUCCUAGGCGCCGCAAGUUUUGUGAUGCCUCGUGGUGGACAGCAUUGGAAUCGGUCAGUGAAGGAGAUUGGUUGCUUGUUGAUAGGUUUGUGUUGCUGCAAGCGAAGAGUAAUGUAAUGUACAAAAGUAACUGCCAAUGAUAAGUUUGCAUACCUGCGAAUGUAACAGUGUGAUAACUGCCAUUGUGUAGAUCGAUGUGACAAGAGACGCGUUUGUAUUUUAAGUGUUGAUAAUUGGUCCUCCCAAUUGCAUAA